AUCCAACAACCCUAGUCUCCCUCCCGUUCCUCUCCUUCGUCUUUCCUCCGCCACCGCCACCGCCACCACCUCUCCGCUCUCUCCCUCCUCGCCUCCGUCCGCUGCUCCUCUUCCUCUUUCUCCGCCUCGCCGCCGCUGCGUCUUCCUCCUCUCGCCGCUGCUUCUCGCUCUUCAACAACUCCCCCGUCGCUGCUCCUCCCUCGACACUGCUCCGGCCGCCUACGACUUGAUUAGCCGCCUUCUUCUCUCUCUCCCCAAAGUAGGUAUCACCGGUGGGCUUUGCAAACUUCAAUCUUUGGAAUUUUAACUGUUAAUUGUAGAAAAUGAUCGCUGCUGUAUGUUGGGUCCCCAAGGGGGUCGCCAAGAUUGUCCCCGAGGAGGCCACUGAGCCAGACUCCAAUGAAGAAAUCGAGGAAGCAAAGCAAGAUGAAGCAAGUGAAGAGGAGAAGGAUGAGGGGGAAAUGGAUGUGGACGGUUCUGAAGAGGGGGAUGAAGUUGCCCGUGCAUUAGCUGCUGUUGAGGGCCUCGGAAAGAGUAAAGGAAACAAGAGCUCUACCGAUGUAAAUGACAUUGCUAGUCGGCUUAAUGAGCUCAUGAGCGGCUAUGAUAACGAGGAUGACGUCCCUGAUUGCAUUGCUGCUGGAGUGGGCAACCUUUACUACCCGAGUAAUGACAUGGACCCUUAUUUGCAAGACAAAGAUGAUGAUGAGGACGAAGAGAUUGAUGACAUGGUCAUUAAGCCAACAGAUGCAGUGAUAGUUUCUGCAUGUACUGAUGAGGAGGAUGAGUAUAGUUAUCUCCAGGUUUCAAUUUAUGAAGAAUCUGAAGAUGGGGAAUCUAAUAUGUUCACUCAUCAGGAGAAAAUCCUAUCUGCUUUUCCACUCUGCACGGCCUGGCUUGAUUUUAAACCUGGAAGUGAGGAUAAAGGAAACUUUAUAGCUGUUGGUACCAUGGAACCGGCUAUUGAAAUUUGGGACCUUGAUUUGAUCAAGGAGGAGAAUCCAUCUAUGGCAUUGGGGGGAAGAUCAGAGAAAUCUGGGAAGUACAAAUCAGGUAGUCACAAAGGAUCUGUGCUUGGUCUUGCAUGGAAUAAAGAGUUCCGGAAUGUACUUGCUAGUGCGAGUGCUGACAAAUCUGUCAAGAUCUGGGAUUUGGAGAAGAGGAAAUGUGUUGCCACAGCCAAGCACCACACAGACAAGGUUCAAGCCGUCGUAUGGAACCGGCAUUCAGCAGAAUCACUUAUCAGUGGGUCUUUUGAUCGAUCAAUUGUCAUGAUGGAUUGUAGAAACAUGGAAAAUCCCAGCAAUAAAUGGUCUAUACCAGCUGAUGUUGAGAGCUUAGCGUGGGAUCCGCACAAUGAGCACAGUUUUGUGGUUAGUCUUGAUAAUGGCACAGUUCAAGGUUUUGAUGUCAGGACAGCUUCAUCUAACUCAGACUCUGGCUCCAAGUCAACUUUUACUCUUCAUGCACAUGAUGCAGCUGUUACUUCUGUUUCUUACAAUCCUAUUGCACCUAAUCUUUUUGCCACAGGAUCUCUUGAUAAAAUGGUGAAGCUCUGGGACUUAUCAAACAACCAACCAUCAUGUGUUGCGUCUCAGAAUACUAAAUCAGGACGCAUUUUUUCAAUAUCCUUCUCUGAGGAUACCCCUUUCCUGCUUGCAAUUGGAGGGAAAAAAGGCGGACUUAAAGUAUGGGACAUAUUAUCGGAGCCUGCAAUUGCUCGAAGUUUUGGGAAAUAUAGCAAACAAGUUUGAUGGGGGUGGGCUCUGCCCGUACAUUGAGUUUGUUUCCCUUUCUGUAUUUUUUCCUACUUUUGUAUCGUUAUUAAGUUGGAGAUGAGGUUGCAGUUUUGACUUUGGUCGACUAAUUUAUUACACUUUCACAGAUUUUUCCUACCUGUGUGAAAUAGUUAUUGCUUUAAAAAAGAAAAAAGAAAAAGGAAAACGUUUGUAUAUGCUCUUGGAGUCGACUCCUUUGUAGGAUAUAAAUAGAUACGGUUUUCAGGUUAA